GCAGCUGCGACGUCAUAUUUAUGCGUCGGUGUUUUGUUGAAGUCGCCGUAUAGCAGCGUUCGUGUGUGUAUGUGUGUGUGUGGUAACACAACACAGAACCAGGUGAAGAUUACACUUCCAUGUAGCAGAUUUAAAUCGGCUCAAAAAAGUGGCUGCUGACAGAGGUGGAGGACAACUGCUUAGUCUGUCUGUUUUGUAGAAGUUAGCAUCAUGUUGGUGUUUCCCAAUUCAUUAACGGAAGAAGAGGAGGCCCUGCAAAAGAAAUUUGCAAAACUAAAGAAAAAGAAAAAGGCACUACAUGCCCUGAAGAAGCAAAGUUCCACCAACCAGACGAACCAGAGUGGAUUGAAACGCACAUUGACGGACCAGCCUGUCGUUGACACGGCAACAGCAACCGAGCAAGCAAAGAUGCUGAUCAAGUCAGGUGCCAUCAGCGCCAUCAAGUCAGAGAACAAAAACUCGGGCUUUAAACGCUCUCGAAUGCUGGAGAUAAAACUCAAGGACCCUGAAAAAGGACCAGUUCCUGCUUUCCUACCCUUCCAAAGGAGUGUUUCUACAGAUGAAGAACUGCCGGAGUCUGGAAAGAGAGCCCACAGGAAAUCUCUGUAUGAGAGCUUUGUCAGCUCAAGUGACCGAUACCGGGACGAGGACGAUGCAGGCGCCACGCCGUCCAGCCGUGAGACGGACAGAGACAGAGACAGAGAGCGUGACCGAGAGCGUGACCGAGAGCGAGAGCCGGACAAGGAGCGUGACCGAGAGCCGGAAAGGGAGCGGGAGAGAGAGCCGGACAGGGAGCGGGAGAGAGAGCCGGACAGGGAGCGAGAGAGAGAGCCGGACAGGGAGCGGGAGAGAGACAGAGAAAUGGACAGGGAUAGAGAAAGAGACCGAGAGCGAGACCGAAGCAGGGACAGGGAUCGAGAGCGAGACAGGGAGCGAGAGCGAGACCGAGAUGGACCGUUUAGACGGUCAGACUCGUACCCAGAGCGGCGAGGAGUGAGAAAGGGCAACACUGUGUACGUUUACGGCUCUGGACUGGUUGAGGACAACCUGCGCUCUGCCUUCAGUCAACAUGGAAAUAUAAUCGACCUCUCCAUGGACAACCCACGCAAUUGUGCAUUUAUCACUUUUGAGAAGAUGGAGUCUGCAGACCAGGCUGUGGUAGAGUUGAAUGGAGCCACAGUAGGAGACGUUCACAUUAAAGUCAGCAUUGCCAGGAAGCAGCCCAUGCUUGAUGCUGCCACUGGAAAGUCUGUGUGGGCUUCACUAGCUGUGCAGAACAGCACUAAAGGCUCCUACAGGGACAAGAGGAACCAAGUGGUCUACAGUGAGGAUUUCCUUGGAUGACUCUCGUUUUGUUUUUUUUCUUCUCUUUUUUUGUGGGCACAGAGUUUUUUCGUGUUUGUUUUAAUAAACUCAGAUGCUGCAAGUGAA